CCUAGGAAAACAUCAUGGCCGCUAUGGAUGGACAACAAGCAAUGCGAGAAAAUGAAUUUUCUCCCGUAGUUGAGGGAAAUUUAGUUCAUACAGGUGGAGAAACACAUAUUCUGAACUAUGACACAAAUGUCUUGUCUCUAGAUAAUGUGCGAGUGCCAACAGAAUUGACGGAUGGCGCAGAAAACGAAGUGUGCGAGUCCGAUGGCGAAGAGGAGGAGGAUAUUGAGCUUUCGCCAGGUGGAAUAUUGGAUGAGGAAACUAUUGGACGAAACUUAUCAAAUCUGGGAAGAUCUGCUGAUGGUACUCAACAAGUGUUUCUUCAUGUUACUAUUGCAGGUUUCAACUUGAAAGAUAUAUCAGCUCUAUCAAAUUUUGUACAUCUUCAGAGGGUAGAAUUACCCUACAAUGAACUUACAGAUUUAUCUCCCCUUAGUUCCCUCCAGUACAUGCUGAUUUUAGAUGUGUCUCACAAUAAGCUUACAAAGCUUCUGGACUUCACGCCACCAAAGAAUCUGAAGGAGGCUAACUUUGGUUACAAUGAAAUUGAGGAAAUGACAGAUCUCUCUGCCUACCAUUACUUAACUAGUCUUAAUCUUGAUCAUAACAAAAUUUCACAGAUUAAAGGACUGGAAAAUUGUAAACGUCUACAAGAUCUCAGUUUGGCCCACAACAAAAUAGAGAGGAUACAUGGUCUGGAAAAUUUACCCCUACAGAGCCUCAAUUUGUGUCACAACCAUAUCAAGAAGAUAGAAAACUUGGAAACUCUGCAUCUGUUGCGAAGUAUCAAUUUAUCGGGUAACAACAUCCGUAGUUUGGCGGGGUUAGAGGACCACCCCCUGUUGGAAAAUGUGGACGUGGAGGAUAAUGAAGUAAUUGACAUCUCGGAGAUGAAGUAUAUUAAGGAGUCCCAGAUGUUACGUCAGCUGAAUCUGCUCCGGAACCCCAUACAGGAACUCCCGGAUUACCGCUUGUCCAUUCUGUUCCGGAUGCAGAGUCUCACUGAGCUGGAUAGACACAGGGUGGAGGUCGAAGAAAAGGUAGCGGCUGUGAACAUGUUCAACCCCCCAGCUGAAAUAGUCGCGGCACGGGACCAUAUCAUGCAUGUUGUGUACUCUUUUCUUCAGCCAAGUCGUAUUCUGGACAACACCCUGCCUAGUAUGGAGACCCCUUACCCUAUGUUGGUACUGGUUGGUCCCCAGGGCUCAGGGAAAAAAGACCUCGCUCUAAAACUUGUAGAGGAAUUCUCUGAUUAUUUUGGCUAUUGUGUGACACAUACCACACGUAAACCUAAUAAAGACGAGACACCAGGAAAGGACUACCAUUUUGUAGAUCUCGAGAAGUUUGAAUUUGACAUUAGAUGGGGACAGUUUAUCCAGACUAGUCAGUAUCACGGCCAGUGGUAUGGACUCCAGAUGCAGUCUAUUGAGGACAUAGCUCGGGAGGGUCUGGCCUGUGUGGUCCACAUGGAACUAGAGGGAGUGCUUACUCUGAAGAACACGUACUUUGAGCCACGGUACGUCCUAAUCAUGCCUCUGAGCUCCGAGUGUCAUGAGAAGCGGCUCAGAGAACGGGCUCUAUACUCUGAGGCCCAGAUUGAAGACAAUCUGGGACGAGCUGAGAUGUAUCAGGAAUACAAUAGGGAUCAUCCAGGCUUCUUUGACAUGAUGAUUAACAGCGAUGACAUAGAGGAGGCGUACAAACACCUGAGACGACUCGUUAUGGAUUAUCUCGGUAUCAGUAUUCCCUCGUUUGCGUCGGAGGUCGGCGAUAUUGCAGAGACAAAGGACACUGAAAAUAACGCCCCCACAGGUACUCAGCUAGGAACCAGGACCUGGUCUCGACCCAGUCUACCUGACAGUAUGUCCCAGCCAUACACCCGCGGAAAGACCACCCAAUCACCUGUCUUAUCAGGGAGGGGCAUACUGGAGGAAAUGUCUUUGAAGAGAAGACACAGUGCUGCUAAGGCUUCUGUAGCCGGCUACAUUCCUCCAUUGUUUGAACAAAUCACAUCACAAUACCCGAAAACAGCACCCCAGACUGUGGACAACCAGGUUGGACUUGAUGUGGUUACCAUGACAGAAGACGUAAACCGGUCCCAGUCAGCACCGGUCAACAACAAACUGGCUCAGUCUGACGAAGACUCCUCAGAUGAUGACCAAUCAGAUUCCAGCAUCUCCAUGUCGUCUGCUGGUAAAAUCGCCCGCUCUCCUGAUGGAUCAGUUCACAAUGGCAAAGACCCCCACCUCCCAACAGAGACCAUGAACCCCAUGGAACUGUCCAAUCCCCGCCCUCCCUCUGUACCUCGCCCUGGUUCUCAAGGUCGACCAGGGUCAGACCGUCAUAAAGUGCUGCCACCUAUCAAUCAGAAGGCAUCUUAUGUUCCAGAAUAUUAACCCUAAAGUACACAUGUACUCAGCAUUUAAAAUUUGUGAACAACUAGUAAUAGAGUGAUAUAUCUGGUAGCAAUGGUGGGACUGCUGAUUUUGAUAUGAUUAACAUAUUAACAAAGAGCUGUGAUAACUGAACAAUUUAUUGAAUGAUAAUUAUGUAAAAUAUGUAUUUUGUAUUGUUUACAUGAUCAUUUUGUAUAUUCAUGUUCAUAGAUAUUGUA